AUGUUGGAAGUCAAUCCUAAUGCUGUGGUUUUGUUUCCUGAUGUCCCAGAGCUUGGAAAUCAAGAUUCACAACUGAGACUUGUCUUAGUGGGUAAGACUGGAGCAGGAAAAAGUGCCACAGGGAACAGCAUCCUUGGAAAGAAAGCAUUUAAUUCCAGCACUGCAGCAAAAUCCAUCACCAAGGUCUGUCAGAAAGGAAGCAGCAUGUGGAAUGGGAGAGAAAUUGUCGUCGUGGACACACUUGGUAUUUUCAACACCGAAGAACAGGAUGCUAACAUGAAAAGGGAGGUUGGUAAUUGUAUUGUCCUGACCUCCCCAGGGCCUCACGCUCUGCUCCUAGUGGUCCCGCUGGGCCGGCACACAAAGGAAGAACAAAAGGCCUUGGAGAAGAUGCUAUCAAUGUUUGGACCCAAAGCUAGGAGAUACAUGAUUCUCUUAUUCACCCGGAAAGAUGACUUGGACGGCAUGGAGUUCCAUGAUUACUUAAAGGAAGCACCAAAAGGCAUUCAAGAUCUGGUGGAGCAGUUCAAGGAUCGUCACUGUGAGUUCAACAAUAAGGUGACAGGGGCUGAGCAGGAGGCUCAGAGGACACAGCUGUUGGAAUUGGUCCAGCGCAUGGUGAUGGAGAACCAGGGAAGAUUCUAUACUAAUAAGAUGUACCAAAUAGUCGAGAUGGAGAUUCAGAAACAGAUUCAAGCUAUAAAAGAGAAAUACAGAGCUCAGCUGAAGAGAGAGAAAGGGGAUUUAGAGGAGAAUGAAGAGAAAAACAGAAAGCAGGGGGAUAAAUUGGAGCAGGACAGUAGAAAGGCAGAAAUGGAGAGGGAAUUUGAAGAAAGGGAGAAUUACUAUUUCUCCAGGCAGCAAAAUGCUAGAGGUGAAGUUGAGAGUCAGGAAGGGAUGCUUGACUUAAUCUUGAAAAGAUUGAGAGCAACCUGGACAGAAAUCUCAUCUCUGUUCAAAGAAGAUUAG